UGCUGCUGCUGCUGCAGGGCCCUGCUGGUGGCCGGCCGCAUCGCCACCAUCCUCAUCCUCUACUACAUUGUUGCCGCUUCCACUAGACGAACCAGGUUGUUGCGACGACGCUCCACCAUCACCACCACCACCAGAUGUGAACCCAAACCCUGACCACGCCUGUCUGUUGGCCGCUUGGCUGGCUACUCGCCGUCGCUUGUUGGCCGCGCUCUCAGGCCCGGUUGGUUGCGACCCAGCUCUACUCUUGCUUCCUUUCGGUCUCCCCUUCCCACGCCCAGACAUCUCGCAUCUCCUGUCUCUGUGAAUCACACCACAGGCAUCGUGUCUCUGCUGUGUUCGUUCUGGGCCCCUCUCUGUGUGCGCUCUGGUCUUUGGUUGCUCGGAGCAGUUUGGCGCUGUUCGUUAUACAGCAGUGCGGAGUUUUGUUUUUACGUUUUUACAAGGCCUCUGAUUGGUUUAGCCUUAUGGGCGCCAGCGGAGCCAGCGACAAACGCAUGCACUUCCUCUCUUCUUCGAAUCCCACCAUGGCGUCGUCCCGGACGCUGCUGCUGCUACACAAAGCGCUUCUUCUUGCCGCGAUCGUGCUGGCCUGUUGCGUGGCCGUCUCUGUGGUUGGGCGGCAAAAUUCCACAACAGCAACUUCUUCCGGAACAUCGUUCAACCCUCCCGCCGAGGAUCGGGGUCAUCAGCAGGGGCUACGGCCCGAGGGCGAAGGCCAGCGGCGUUCUCUCGUGACCGGUGGAGUCCCCGGAGAAGGGCUUCUCCUGGUUGUGGCCAACAGCGACGCGGACGCCAUCGAUGAGUUCGGCGACGAGGGCAUCGAAUUCCCCCCGCCCGAGGAACGUGGGUGGCACAAGAAACUACUUCCCCCGAACAAGUGAGAGA